AUGGCUGCUGCAGAAUACACCAGCCAUCCCAGAUCAGAAGCCACCUCCUUUCUUGAUCCUGUUCCAAACCUUACUCCUGGUUCUACUGGACAUGUGAUUAGCCUCUCAGGAGCAACUCUGUGUCUACAGUCACCUCACCCACUUAAAGAGAUACAGCGCAUCGAAUGGAAGGUACAGUUAAUCUCAGAUCCAAAAUGCCAUAUGAUACUGACUCAGAAGACUAAUUCCACUGUGAAGUAUGAACCUUGGAGUUUGAAGCAUUUCAACAAUCGGCUUAACUAUACUGGCAAAGACUCGACUCUUCUCAUCAAUGCAGCUCAGCAUCAGGACAGUGGUUACUACUUGCUGGCUGUCACUGAUACAAAGGGGUUUGUUAUCAAAACCCACUUCCAGGUUUCUGUAUUUGUAUCUCUGCUUACAGAUCAUGUUGAAAAGCCACAUUUGCAGGCAGAAAUGAAGGUCUUGGAUAAUGGAAUGUGUCAAGUGAAUCUGUCCUGCUCAGUCUCCGGGGUUGGGGAUGUGAGUUAUGCUUGGUACAGAGGGAGUGAGCUGAUACCGAUACCCAGCAACCUCAUCAACCCCAGCAACCUGGUGGAUCAGAUUGGUGUUGAAAACUUGCAUACGUAUACCUGCAAUGUCAGCAACCCUGUUAGUUGGGCAAGCCACACCCUCAACCUUACACACGGAUGUCUGAGGGCUCAUCAGAAAUUCAACUUUCUGCUCUGUGCGGUGAUCACAGCGAUUCUGCUAGUCAUACUAUUCCUUGGCACCCUCACCUACUUCUGUUUGUGGAAGAGGCACAGGAAGCAGUCAUGUUCCAGCACAAAAGGAUAUCUAACAGUUUAUGAAGAUGUCAACAAUCUGAAAAUCAUGGGAAAUCGAGAACAGGAUCAAAAGCAGAAUUCCACUGCAGAAGACAGCACCAUCUACUCCAGCAUCCAGCCUCAGAGUUCUGCUUCCACAUCACAAGAAGCUACAAAUUCAAUAUAUUCAUUGGUGUCUCCUUCCCUGAAGUCUGGGUUCAAAGAGAGGAUCCAUAGUCCUUUCUUCAAUAGCAGCAUCUAUGAAGAGAUAAGUGUUGGAAAGAGACAACUCAGAGCCCAGAACCCUGCUCGACUGAGCCAAAGGGAGCUGGAGAACUUCCGUUUUUAUUCCUAA